GUGAACGUGGGAGGAAACCGGGCAUAAACGGGCACCCUGGGAAACAACGACAUCCCCCCCGACAGAACAACAACAACAACGACGACGACGACGACGACGACCACGCAAAAGGCCGCCGUUCACUACUACCCGGUCUCACUGGGGUCGCUCUUCUCUCUGACCCGCUACUACCGAACCCCUCACCAGCCCGCCCCACUGACCCACCCCUCAUGGCUUCCUCAACCCCCGCCGCUUUCUUCGGCCUCGGCUCCGAACAGCUAAAGAACUGGCUCGCCGUGCUUUGUCUUGCCAUGUGGGCCCUGCUCAUGUUCUUUUGCGCAACGGGCACUGUCUUGAUACGAAGCCGGCACGCAAAGAAAUCAUCAUCAACGACAUCAUCACCGUCAUCACCAUCAGAGCACUCCCCUUUGGCUCCAAUACCGACCCCCACCCCGGGCGUAACCAUCAUCCGCCCCCUCAAAGGCAUCGACGUCAACCUCGCUGAAAACCUCUCCUCCUCCUUCCGCCAAACCUACCCGCACUUUGAAAUCCUCUUCACCGUCGCCGACCCAAAAGACCCCGCGGUAGCAGUCGUCCACGAUCUCAUCAAAACCUACCCGAACGUCGACGCCCGCUUGUUAACUGAUCCCAUAGAAGUCGGUGUUAACCCCAAAAUAAACAACAUGAUUCGCGCCUACCAGACCGCUAAAUACGAUAUCAUCUGGAUCAUCGACUCUAACGUCUCCGUGCCCCCCGGCUGCCUCUCCCGCUCAGUCGUGGAGAUCUCCCGCCCGGGGAUCGGACUAGUCCACCACCUCCCUUGCGGCGUCAGCCCCCAAACCUUCGGAUCCCGCCUCGAACAAGCCUUCCUCAACACCGCCCACGCAAAGAUGUACGCAACAAUCAACAAACUCUCGGUAGCGUCCUGCAUCAUCGGUAAAUCCAACAUGUUCCGCAAAUCCUCCCUCGCGCAUCUCGGCGGGCUGGAAUAUUUCGGCAAAUUCAUGAGCGAGGAUAACAUCAUCGGGGAAGCGAUCUGGGCGACGGGCAAACGGCACGCGAUGACGACGGACCUCGCGUCCCAGAGCCUUGGAAGUCUGAGUGUUGCUGAUUACCUCGGGAGAAGAGCGCGGUGGAUCCGGAUCAGGAAAUACGUGACGACUGCCGCGACGUUGGUGGAACCUUUCACUGAAUCGAUUGUGAACGGUUUGCUCGGGUCGUGGGGGGCGUAUCGUCUCUUUGCCGUCCCACCACACCUGUUCCUGCCCUUGCAUUUCGCACUAUGGAUCCUCUCCGACGUUCUUAUCUCAACCACCCUCGACUGCUCAGUCCUCCGGGACCCGGUCAAGUUUAUAGCGGCGUGGUGUGUAAGGGAGGUGUUGGCGUUACCGCUGUGGUGUUAUGCGAUGGCGGGAAGGACGGUGGCGUGGAGGGGGAAGUGGUAUUGGUUGAGGAGUGAUGGGACGGUGACGGUCGCAGGGGGGUGGGGUGGGGGGUUCGGGGAGUGGGUUGGGAGGUUGGUUGGGCGGUGA